UUAAUGAAUUGAAGUAAUUUUAUCAGUGAAAAAUAUAAAAAGGCACAAACUCUUUACAAAUAUUCAACACAAAUUGUUUUAAAAGUGACAUCAAACAUAAUCUGUUGGUUAAACCAGAUAAAAUCUUAUGUAAAUAAACGUCAAUUGCUGAGGUUUAGGCUUACCUAGAAAUAAAACUGCGAGAAGAGAAAUUUUAAUGAUAUUACGUCUUCCAGUGAGUUGUUAACUGAUUAAGAUCAAUUGGUGUCCUCAUCACUGAUUGCUCAAAUAAGAACUGCCAAACAUUCCAGUUUUAGAACGGCAAUUUUAAAAAUUAAAUUAUGAAGCUAAAUAAAAAAUUACUUCCCAUGAAAAUGCAUUAUUUUUUUCUCUACUCGGGUUUGGCUCCGAUAUUUCCUUUUUUACCAGUCAUGGCUAAAGAUUUAGGAUUUUCUGCAUUCAUAGUUGGAACAAUUUUCACAAUCAUACCUAUACUAUCACUGCCUGCAAAGCCAUUGUUGGGAGCUAUCGCUGACAAGUUUCAAAGCCAGAAACUUAUAUUUCUUUUACUGAUCAUAGUGCAAGGGUUGUUUUUCCUAAGCACAAGCUGGCUUCCGUCCUUGCCAGUCGCCACCUCUAGUAUUACUUGUGAUAAUUCUACAAGACUGGAUCUUUGCUCAGGGCGUCUAAUGGGAAAUGACACUUUGGCAUUGGCGAUAACAAAUUCCUUCAAAGGAAAUAGUUGCAAGAUGACAUGUCCUGAAAAAACAUUUGAUCUUGGUGUGAUGUUAGAAAAAGGACAACCUUUUGAGAUUCUCCUUGCAAAUAAUAGCUUCAGCAUGAAUAAAGAAUGCAUUUCUAUUGAAGUUGAUGCAAUAACAGCUAACGGGUCAAAUAAAUUUACUCCUAAAUGUACUUCAAAAACUUCUGGACAUUGUAAUAUUGGCUGUGCGAUUCCUUUGCUCAACAACAUCAUGAAAGAGUCUUCAGUCCCUGAUGAAGAAGUCAUCUAUUAUUACCAAUUUUGGCUGUUGCUCAUUCUUAUAGCUACUGCCAAGAUAGCUACUGCGGUACUGACAAGUAUCGGUGACACUAUAUGCUUCGGCCUAUUGGAAGACAAACCGAAUAACUUUGGCUUACAGAGGCUAUGGGGAGCAGCAGGAUGGGGCUCUCUGUCAUUUAUUUCUGGCUUAACAGUUGAUAAAUUCAGCAAGGGUAGUGAAAAAAAGGUCUACACUUCAGCGUACUACUUUUUAGUUGCUUUUACAAUUUUUAACUUUUUAAUCUCAACAAAAUUAAAAUACAGUACUAAAUCAGGCCCUUCAUCCAGUGUAUUUAAAAAUGUCUGCAAAGUGUUGAAGAACCGUCACAUUAUAGUAUUUAUGUUUUGGUGCACUUUAAACGGUAUAUAUACAGCUAUGAUAUGGAACUUUUUAUUCUGGUUUUUAGAAGAAAUAGCUGUCAAUAAUGGUUACGGAGAUAUGACUUAUAUUAAGACGUUAGAAGGACUUACAUUAACGUUCCAUUGUUAUUUUGGCGAAAUUCCUUUCUUUUUUAUAUCAAGUUGGCUUAUUAAAAAAUUAGGCCACAACAACUCGAUGACACUAGUUUUGGCAGCAUUUGCAGUGAGAUUUAUUGUAUAUUCUUAUUUGACAAACCCUUGGUGGACGCUACCAGUGGAAAUGCUCAAUGGAAUUACAUUCGGUAUAUUUUAUGCGACAAUGACAACUUAUGCGAACAUGAUCGCUCCACCUGGUGCAGAAGCGACGAUGCAAAAUUUAGUCGCCGCACUUUACGACGCUCUGGGAGUUUCGUUAGGCAGUUUUAUUGGUGGUUAUAUGAUUCAAACGCUAGGUGGAAUAACGACAUUUUGGAUUUUUGGACUGAGCGCAACUGCUUUUACAAUUAUUCAUUUUUUAGUCCAUGUAUUCAUCCUAAAGACUGGAUACCGUUCAGAGGUAGAUGAAAAAAAGGAAAAUGAUUAUCAGAUGACACUUGAAACAAACAUACAUUCUCUAGAUCUACAAUGAAUCAUUUUUAUAAACAAAUAAAUAAAUAUAUCACUUUUUACUGAAAAAUUAGUUUCAUUGGUACUUCACAAACGAAUCAAUAUGGAUUUGACAUAUGGACCACGAGUUUUUAAUAAAGUAUUUUUAUUUCCUA